UAUCCAGAUAUGUGUGUUUCUCUAAUCGUACUACUACCCGGGUAGGUUAGUCUGUAUCUUAUCUGUUGUAACGAACAAAUUUUGUAUUGUAUGAGAGAUAACAACCUCUUUAGUUCAGAACUAAUGCCCCCAUUGAAGAAACCAGCGUUAGUAACAGCAACAAGGAGAAGUUCAGGGUGCCUGGAACCAGAAGACCACAGAGCAUGAAUGUUGAUCUAGGGGGCUGCUGCUUUGAGCUGUUUCCCUUUUCUAGCGGUGCUUGUUCAACAAGUGCUGUGUUUCCUCUGGGUUGGGUUGUUGCCUGUCUGUAUCUCAUCAUUUGAUCCAUCUUCACACAUACAUCUUGCAUUUGUAAGAAGCCUGCACCUUUAAAAUUGAUCAGGAUUUCCAAGUUAAAAGACACGACUAGAUACUCUGAAAAGUGAGCCUGAUUGGUGAACAGAAGUGGAAAUCAGAUUGUGUCAGAAAGGCGUGGGUUGGUUCAGCUCAGCGUCGCCCUCUGGGCAAACGAGAUCUUUGGUAGGAGGAAGCACCUUGAGAUUACAGCACGUUCACAUCACAUCUCGCCCACAGGUGAGAGACUUUUAUUCCUUUAGUUUAGUUUUAGUUUAGUUUAGUUUAGUUUAUUCAUGCUAAGGUGAAUAACAGUUACCUUGUUUUAAAUCUUCAACUUAGGGAUAAGAUGAGAGAGCAAAAGGUUUUAGGAGGAUUCAGGAUACAGCUUGUGAUGUAGUCUUACUAAUUAAAUAAAACAUAUAACCAUAUGUACUAAAAGCAUCUGCUAAAUGCCUUAAAUGUUCAUGUAAUAUGUCUCUAAAUAUGUUGAAAUCAAGCACCAAUUUGUCGAGAUUUUGAAUAGGUCUUUGACUGACUUUAAUUAAUCUAAACUAUUAAAAUUAAUAAAAUGCAAAGGAUUAACUUUACGCAAAAUGGGUGAUCACGCAUUUUGAUAAAUAUUUAAAUGCAUCUUUAAAUUAAAUGAUUAAUCCUAAUAUACUAUAUAUUUUUACUAUUUAGAGGUUUUAGUAGUGAACCGCUGAGCAGCCAUGCGGCCUGGGUUUGUGGCUCUUCACCUGCAGCUUUGUAGCAGACCUUACUACAUGACACACAUUAGGCUGAAGCUUUUUAAGCUUUUUAAGCUUUUUUUUUUUUUUUUUUUUAUUCAACAAGGGAGUCACAAGCCAAAAAGUGCAAGAAAAUUUGCAAAGCAACUGCUUUAAGUGCUACUGUUGAAGAUUAAUCGAGAUAUAAACACUUAGACUAAUUCAAGAGAGAGAGAGAGUAAAACAAAUCGAGGGGUCCGGAGCAAGAAUUGACGAAAGACUUUAUCGUGCAGAAAUACUACAACGACAACAGCCUGAGUAGGUCUAUAGAGUUACUGGUCGUCAACAGAUUGCAGCCUCUUCUUAAACACACAAUAGCACAGUACUCAGCAGUUUCUUGUUUUUUAGGUGUCCACACAUAAUCAAACACAAAUUCUUCUAAACAGAUGGUCACCGAGAUAGUCUAGGACCCAGGAAGUGGAGUCAGCAUGCAUUGUCUCAGUAGCUUCCUGCUCUUGGGGUAGGGCCCCAACUCCUGCUCUGACCCAAGACUCCCAGGCCUCGUGAACAGCCCUGGAUAAGAAUCCAGAGACCCUUUAAAUGUUUUCUACCAUUAGAUAUACAAGCCUAAUAAUAAUCAUGGUUUACCAUAGAAUAUGCUCAUUAAUUUCUACCACACUACAUUCUAGAAACACGAGAUAGAGAGUGUGUGUGUGUGUGUGUGUGUGUGCGUGUGUGUGCGUGCGUGCGUGCGUGUGUGUGUGUGAGACCCCUGUUUGUAAGAGAUUAAACGUUGUAUUAAAUGGUAAGGAAGUGAAAGCGUUGUUGAUGGCCAGGCCUCAGGUUCCCCGGAGGAUGUUCGUCCGUGGGCCCGCAGAAAGUCAGAUGGUUCUGCUGUCAAUCCUUCUGCCACUUCUGCACCCGCUGGGAGGAGUUCUGGGAGCCAAGACGUGCGUCCCCAGGCCGAGCUGCAGCGAGUGCAUCCAGAGCCCGGGCUGUGCCUGGUGCUCAGCGAAGGGCUUCCUGCAGGCCGGGGAGCCCAGCGAGAGGCGCUGCGAUGCCAAAGAGGCGCUCACCAGCAGAGGCUGUAAAGAGCCCUACCCCCCUGAGACGGACGAGACACUCCUUAUGAAGGACAAAGAGCUGAGCGCUUCUGACGACAUUAUCCAGCUCCGACCCCAACAGAUAGACUUUCAGCUCAGAGUGGGAGUUCCACAAACCUUCAAGGUGUCGUUCAAGCGGGCCGAGGGUUACCCCAUCGACCUCUACUACCUCAUGGACCUGUCCUUCUCCAUGGGGGACGACCUGGACAUGAUCAAGAAGCUGAGUCAGGACAUGGUCCGCACUCUGCAGAGCUUCACCAAGAAACUGCGGAUAGGAUUUGGGUCCUUUGUGGACAAGGUGGCGUUGCCGUACGUGAGUCAGAUGAAGAGGAAGAGGAGGGAUCCCAGUCCGCACCGAGGCACCAGCUGCCAGCCGGCCUUCAGCUUCCAGAACCUCCUCAACCUCACAACAGACACUGCGGCCUUCGAGAAAAAGGUCAUCGGGCAGAGGAUCUCUGCCAACCUGGACUCACCCGAGUCAGGCUUUGACGCCAUCAUGCAAGCCGCGGUCUGCAAGGACGUGAUUGGCUGGGACGACGGGACCAAGAUCCUGGUGUACACGUCUGACGACACGUUCCACAUGGCGGGGGACGGGCGUCUUGCCGGCCUCAGCGAGCCUCCAGACGGCCACUGCCACCUCUCUCCGAGCGGCCUCUACGAUGGGACGCGAUUCGAUUACCCCUCCAUCGGACAGCUGGCCCGGGUCCUUACCGCCAACAACAUCCAGCUCAUAUUCGCCGUCACCAAAAACAUUUCUGCAGCUUAUGAGGAACUGAGUAAAAUGAUCCCACAGUCUGUGGUCGGAGUUCUGGAGAGCGAUUCCAGCAAUGUGGUCCAGAUCAUCAAAAAUGCUUACAAUAGCCUGUCCUCCAGCGUGGUCCUGGAGCACCAUGGCGCCCCCCAGGGGCUGGAGGUGGCCUACCAGGCCCACUGCACGAGCCCGAGCCCGGGCCCGCCCGGGCUUCGGCCCUGGAGCCAAAGAGCAGAGUGCAAGGACAUCAAGAUCAACCAGCAGGUGGAUUUCUACGUCCAGCUGAACAUGUCCAGGUGUCUGGAGCAGACAGAGUUCCACCUCUCCGUUCAGGGCAUCAGUGAGCGGCUGAAGGUCGAGGUGAAGAUGAAGUGCGAGUGCGACUGCGGCCCGGUAGAGAAGGCGUCUCCCUCCUGCAGCGGUCACGGCACGCUGCGCUGCGGCAUCUGCAGCUGUGACCCGGGCUUCCUGGGCCAGACGUGCGACUGCCUUCAGAGUGAGGACCACGUCUCUCUCGACGAGAAGUGCCGUCAUGGCGGGUCCUCUCAGCUGUGCAGUGGCCACGGCAGCUGCGAGUGUGGCAAGUGUGCGUGCCAGCGAAGCUUCAGCGGACAAUUCUGCGAGUGUGACGACAGCAACUGCGUAAAAAGCAACCAGCAGCUGUGUGGCGGAAACGGGAAGUGUGUUUGUGGGAAGUGUAACUGCUCGGGCGCUUACGGAGGGGAGGCCUGCGACUGCUCCACGCUCGACGACCGGUGCCAGACGGCAGGCAGUCCCUGUAGCGGCAGUGGGGAAUGUCUCUGCAACAGAUGCGUCUGCAAGGGCGGGUUUGACGGGGACCAUUGCUCCCACAUUCCCAACAACUGCACCAAAUACGAGAAGUGUGUGACGUGCCUUUCCAAACACAAGAAGGAAGAGGUCGCUGAGGCCUGCGGGGUCCCCUGUGAGGGGGCGGUGUUGAGACAUAAGAAGGCGCUUCGGGACGCCUACUGCAGCUUCCAGUCCUUCCUGUACGACGUGACGCUGACUCCCCAGGGCAUCGUCCACCUCCGCUACGCCGAAAUGCCCAGUUCUAUUGACAAGACUUGGGUGAUCAUCGGGAGCUCCGUGUCGGGAAUCCUCUUCAUCGGCCUGUUGAUCAUCUUGAUCAGCCGCCUGCUUCUCGAGCUCAGUUACCGCCGGGAGUACCAAAGCUUCGUCGCAUCCCAGCAGCAGACCAACUGGAAGGAGACUCGCAAUCCCUUGUUCAAAGGUGCCACCACCACUGUGAUGAAUCCCCUGCAUAUGGAUGAUGAGUGAUGAUCAUUCAACCCAGCGAGCUGUUCUCUCACUCCAUACACUCUGCAACAUUUUCAAACAAUUCACUGUUUUGAUAUAUAUAUAUUUAUAUAUAUGAUUUUUCUAUAUUACAUUUUGUUUUACAUUUAGGUUUUCUUUCUGACUAUUCCGUUUUUCAUAUGUAUUUGUAAACUAGUCAGAUUCAUAUUGGUAGGCUAUGUAAUAUACAUUUUAUUUUGCACUCGUCAUUGUAUAUGCAUGAUGAGUGAUUCAAUCCAGCGAGCAGUUGUCUCACUCAAUACGUUAGACAGAUUCAUAUUAGUAGGCUAUGUAAUAUACAUUUUAUUUUGACAAUAAAAUUGUA